AUGGCCUCCACCGCAGUUCAUGGUAAUCCGAUGAACUGCCUGCUGUCCGUAACUCCUCGCCCUUUGGCAAACUUCGACCCUAGUUUAUGGGGUGAUCGUUUCAGUUCAUUUGAUCUAGAUAACCAGGCAUAUGAAUUGUAUUCUAAAGAGAUUGAAGUGUUGAAAGAAGAAGUGCGAAGUUUGCUUGAACAAAUCUUUCAUUCUCAUGCUCGCCUUGAAAAUAAUGAAGACUGCAAUGAUUUGUUCACAGCUGCUGUUCAUUUUCGAGUAUUCAGACAACAUGGUCAUAACAUAUCUUGUGAUGUCUUCAACAAAUUUAAAGACAACAAUGGUAAAUUCAAUGAGAACCUUACUAGGGAUGUAAUGAGGAUGCUAAGCUUGUAUGAAGCUGCACAUUUGAGGAUACAAGGAGAAGAUAUUCUAGAUGAGGCUCUUGCUUUCACCACUGCUCACCUUGAGUCCAUGGUAACCAAAUUAAACCCUUUUCUUGCAAAGCAAGUGAUGCAUGCCCUAAAGCAACCCCUCCACAAAGGCCUCCCAAGAUCAGAGGCAAGGCAUUACAUCUCUGUCUAUGAAGAAGAUACUUCUAAGAAUGAUCUGUUAUUGAAACUUGCAAAGCUUGACUUCAAUCUAGUACAAUUGAUGCACAAGCAAGAACUAUGCCAUGUCUCUAGGUGGUGGAAAGAACUAGACUUUGAAUCUAGACUUCCUUACUCAAGGAACAGAGUGGUUGAGUGCUAUUUCUGGGCCAUGACAGCAUAUUUUGAACCUUGUUACUCCCUUGGACGAAUCAUUCUCGCCAAAAUUAUUGUUAUGGCAUCAAUUCUAGAUGAUACAUAUGAUGCAUAUGGUACAAUUGAAGAACUCGAACCUUUUACAGAUGCAGUGCAAAGGUAUAAUAAUGCCAACUCUAAGUUCUUGUUUUAG